CUCCUUUAACAUGGAUUAGGUAUAAAUAACAUGAGAACGCAACAGAACUCUGCACUGAUAAUUGUGGAGCGACCACGUGUUGUACAUACAUUUUUCAUCAAAGCAAUUAACAUAUCCAUAUGGUUGCAAAAUUUGUACCAUUAUUAAACUUUUAGUAAAAUCAUAGAAGUGAAGUGAUAAAAAGCCAUAAAUUGACAAUCGCUCAACCUAUUAAAGCUCAAAUAUAUCGUAAAACAUUCGAAAGCAAUGCUCUCGUCUAACAUAUGGUGUUUCGUGUGUGUGUUCCUGGCAAUGGCAGUAAAAUUAAUUUUGUGUGUCCACACGUCACCGAUUAAAAGUUUCGAAAAUUUCGAUAACAGUAUGGAAGACCAGCCUGAGGACGUAUUGAUUGAUUUAAUCACCAGAUAUGGACAAACAAUAAUGCGAGCCAGAGAUGAUCUGGAAAAUAGCAAGAGAACAGUGGAUUUCGGCCUUUCAAGAGGAUACUCAGGGGCCCAAGAGGCGAAGCAUAGAAUGGCGAUGGCUGUCGCUAAUUUCGCUGGUGGACCAGGACGGAAACGUAGAGUGGAUAACAGAAUUGUACAAGACUAAAGCCUAUACUAAAGAGCGAGAAAAAAUUACUAAACCAGUUCUCGGAAUAUUCUCUCUAGAUACGUUAACGAUGAUAACCUAUAGAGGAUUUCUAGUUGGUGUCAAAAUGAUUGGAUAUUUCAAGCGCUGCAAGGUUUGGUUGAUAUCACUAAACAAAUCUUAACUUUGCAAUAAAACUGUUCCGAUGAACCGAAUCUUGUGGCAUUUUGUCAUUGUACCUACAUUUAACAGUAAUCAUGACAGCAGCAAUAAGAAUUGAUAGUUACAAUCGCAGCAGUAAUUUAUAGUACUUUUUAUAAAUUAUUAUAAGGCUCAAAGUAUUUUUUAAUGAUAAGGUGUCUGAAAACAAACAUGAAUAAAAAUGUUCCAAGCUUUUAAAUAUUUCAAA